GAAUGGAGGGCAGGGGGGUCUGCACCAGCCUGCAUUAAACAUGCACCUGCAGACCAACAGGCGGAGACGUGUUAAUUACCUUUACCUGUUCACCUGCUCUGGCUGUGCAUUCUGUCCUGGUUAUGUUGACUAAAAUAAAUAAGGGUGCACAUUUAAUAGUCCUCACAUUCUGCAGGUUUCUCCCCUUUGUGGACUUAAGUUAGCCGUUUAGCGAAGACUUGAUUAUUUAUGAACCGUCAGGAUCUUUUCAGAAAGCAGUGAGCUUUUCCUGCACAGGGGCUGUCAGACGACUUUUCAAGCGCUGAGGGAACCAUCUCUACACAAAUCCAAAGACUUUCAGGACGGAAGGAGGAAAAAUCCUCCCGCCUGCUCGCCAUCCUCUCGUUGGUUUGAAUAUCGUCUCGCAGAAGGCAGGAAGUCAAGAGCGGCAUGAGGCCGGACUCGGGGGUGAAGACGGAGGCUGUUGGCUCUGGACGUUUGGUGGAGCUGCUGAAGACGUCCGCGCAGUCCAAAGGUUUGGAGUUUGAAGCGAGACGUCGAUCGAAGAGGUCGGUGUUUUUACACUCCGGAGUGAGAAUCUGCCCCCAAGAGACCAUCAAUGAAGUGCUCGCCAGCCACCAGGCUUAUUACCAGCUCAGAGUUUGUCAGGAGGCCGUGUGGGAGGCGUUCAGGAUCUUCUUCGACAGGAUCCCCGGGACGGCGGAGUACCAGAAAUGGGUUCACACGUGUCAGCAGGAGUCGCUCUGCAUCUCUGACCUCGGCAAAAACUUCAGCAGCUCCGAGGAGCACAUGAGCAUGAUUCACAGGAGGAUGAACCGGAGGACAGACGGGAGGCCUCCAUCACGAGUGGUGACACCGAAACAGACGAUCCCUGAGAUAGCAGGUGCAGAGGUUCAGACCGUCGCCCCGACAGCGGCCCCACCGGCUUCCGCCACGAGCACCACCGUCCUCCUCAGCCCUGCGAGAGCCUCUCCAAGCCCCGCCCUCGAUCUGACCCAGCCAGCAGAGGAGCUCGAGGAGGACUUGGAGCUUCCUAACGUGGUCCCUGAGAGUCCUGUGGAGCAGAUCGUGGAGUUCAGUAUCGACCUGGUGGAUCCGGGUUACAGAGAGCUGCUGGACGAUCCAGACUCCCCUCAGUACAUCGACCUGGCUCACCACCUGCAGGACCAGAUGCAGCACGUCUUUGACAAACUCCCAGGGUAUAAAUCCAUCCGUGUGCUGGGAAUCAGGCCUGGAGGAAUCUCGGUGCACUACUCCCUCGUCUUUGAGAUUAAUUCACCUAAAAUUAACUCUGAGAAUUCAGAGACGGCGACAGGCACCCCGGGGUCGUCAUCAGUCGUCAACGCCGGCCUCAGGGAAAUCGUGACCAAGGCUUUACGCGAGGACGCCUCGCUGCCAAUUGAUCUGGACUCGCUGAACUUCGAACCAGCGGCAAACCGCCUACCAGCACUGACAUCGACCUCUUCAGUAGAAGUAGUGAUUGAGCCCAGUGAGCCUGAUUCACACAACGAGUUUGAAGUUUUCACUGAUGAGCCUGAAGUCGAUAAACCCCGGCUGGUGGUUCCCCUCACGCCCAUGGAGAAGGAAAAUGCCCUUGUGACCCUGCUAGAUCCCACGGCUAUCCCAGAUGAUGAGAUGACGGCGGUGACUGGUGGGAUGUCAGAAAGCAGCGAUCACUCCCCGGCCCCAAAGGAUAUGACUGAUGAGUCAGAGGCAACUUAUGUGAGUGAGCCCGAACCAUCAAAUGAAGAAGGGGAGGAAGAAGAAUUGCUGAUCAUUACACAUGAGAUUAAAACCAUUCAUCACGACGAAACUGGUGAACUUGUGAGAGACUACACUCCGACCACUCCUGCGAUUCUAGAGCAGGAGACAGAUGCUCCAUAUGGCAGUCUGUCUCCUAACCAGAUAUCAGAGGAAGACCUGACCCCUGUUGAGGAGGACGGUGGGAAUCCAAGCAUUGAUGUCGUUACCCCCACCAGACAGAUUGUAUUAACUACUGCCCCUGCUGGAGAGGAGCUGUCUGAUUUGGGACUCCCAAUCACAACACUUUCAGGCAUCACAGGCCAACCGCCCACUGAGCAAAUUGUGAACCUUGAAGAAGACGAAGAAGUUAAUGCCCUUCCGGAUGAGGAAGGAGCUGAUCUGGGUGUCCUUGAACCUCACGACCUCGCUGAGGUUUUGAAACCAGAGGUGCAAGAUGUUUCAGAUUGGGAAACUGAAGUUGAAUAUUUGGAACCAGAGCGAGAGUUAGUGGUGGAACCCGAUGAAGAAGUGCUCGGGGUUUUGCAGCCAACACCUGAACAAUUUGAAGUUACUGAAACAUGGGAAUGGAAUUAUGGAAAAGAUCCUGAUAUAGAAGAAGUUUCAGAGCCAGAGGAAGAAGUCGAGGAAGUUUCAGAGCCAGAGGAAGAAGUCGAGGAAGUUUCAGAGCCAGAGGAAGAGUCAGUGGUAGAAAAUCAAGAAGAGGUGGUAGCUUCAGAACCAGAAGAAAUAGAGGGAAAGGAGCUUGACAAAGUUUCAGAACCAGUUGAGGUUUUAGAGACAAAAGGAUCCAAACCAGAGGAAGAACCGGACGAUAGUGCAGUUGAGCUUUUUAAAGAAGAAGGCUUGGAAGAGGGAGUAGAUGUUUUGCAACUAGAAAAGGAAAUUCCAGGAGAGGUAAUAGAGGAAGGUCUGUUUGAGGUGACAUAUCCUGUUCCACAACCUGAGAAAGAUGAAGAGGUUUCAGAAGAAGCAGAAGCAGAGGAAGAGUCAGAACUCGGUAGGGAUGUAGAUGAGUUUACGGAACAAGAAGACGAGAUGGUUGGUCCUGGAAGAUCAGAAGAAAUAGUUCCUGAAGUCUCAGAGGAAACAACGCCUGACAUUUCCGAGGAAACAGCACCUGAAGUUCCAGAGGAAAGAGUACCUGAAGUUUCCGAGGAAACGGUACCUGAAGUUCCCGAAGAAAGACAACCUGAAGCUCCUGAGAAAACAGUACCUGAAGUUCCUGAACUGGAAGCAGAGGUAGUGGAGAAGGAAGCAGUUGAUGUGAAACCUGUAGAAGAGGAGGUCACUGAGGUUCCAGAACUAGAGGAUGAGGUUGUAGAAUCACAGGAGGAAGUGGUGGAGAUUUCCAAAGUAGAAGACGUUGUUGAAACUCCAGAGCCAGGUGAAGGUGUGGUUGACGUAUUAGAACCAGCACCUGAACCAGAAUCAGGGCCAGAACAGGAAGGGCAUGUAACUAAAGUGACAGAACCAGAAGAUGGGGUAGUUAAGGCUGCAGAAUCAGAGGAGGAACCAGAAAAGGUUUCAGAACCAAGUGAAGAAGUGGUAGAGGUUGUAGAGAUAGCGCCACAACCAGGGAAAGAUGUAGCAGAAGUACCAGAUGUACUACAACCAGAGGAGGAUGUACAAUUAGUGGAAGACAUGGUUGCAGUUCCAGUACUGGAGAAAGAACCUAUGGACAUUCUGGAACCGCAACCUCCACCAGAAGCUGGAAAAGAGGGAGCUGAUGUUUUUGAUGAAAAACAAGAGGAGGUAGUUGAGAAUCCAGUGCCAGCAUCAGAACCAGUUGAAGGCGCAGAUCAUGUUUUACCACCAGCAGAAGACUUACCCGGGGUUUCCGAACCAGAAUCGGAAGAGGAAGUAGUAGUUGACGUCCCAGAACCAGAGGAGCCGCCAGCCGAAUCAAUUAAAAUCCUUCGCCCCUUGGACGGCAGGGGAGAUCUUCACUUUGGAGAGGAUUCUGUUGAAGAUAACGAGUUCCUUCCACCGGUCAGACCGGACUAUCACCGGCCAAAUGAGGAAGAUAACUUAUCCAACAUACCAAUAGACAUCCAACCUUCUGAAGAAGAUGUAGGCGAACCCGACCACGAAUAUACCAUCAUUGAUGACUUUUACAUUGAGGAGGAGGUUGAUGGUGUAGACGCACAAGUGGAGAGUGACACUGGUGCCGUCAAGAGCUCAGAAACAUCAAAGGGUGAUCUGCCAUUUGAAACAACCUCUGAUAUUGCAGAGGUGACGGCUCCAGACAGGCACGACACAUCAGAGGACUCUGAAGUCAUAGAGGACUUGCCGGAGGAGACACAGGAAAGAGACAUCAGUGUAACAGCAGCACCGGAUUCAGACUUCUUCCCUACACCUCCGGCUACUUCUACGGAUGCGUUUGAAGUGUCCUCACCCGGCCUAACUAUAGACUCUGGACUCUUUGAGGUAGCGGAGCAAUCUGUAAUCCCCUCCGAUCCCGAGUCUUCAGAGGAUGAUAGCACAGAGCCAGAGGCAGAGUCGGAGCAAAGUGAGCCAGCUGUUGUCAUUAUCGAUGAAGACUUGGAAAAGGCAGUGCAGAAAGGAGGCGAAAGCCAAACCAACCCACCGACAGCUGCUGAAGACGCCGUUGACGAGGCUGUGAAGGACCUGGCGGUGGAGUUGGAUCAAACGGACGUAACGGCCACAGAGGCAAACGAGCUGCCGGACGAGGCGAGUGGUUCCCUACCUGUGGCUGAGGAACGCACAACUGUCGGCGUCACCGCCCCGCCUCCGGUGAGAUACCUGACCACACCUUCCAUGACCACGGCCACCCAGGGCAGGGAGCUGGUGGUGUUCUUCAGCCUGCGCGUCACCAACUUGAACUUCUCCGAGGACCUCUUCAACAAGACGUCUUCCGAGUACAGAUCCCUGGAGAACACCUUCUUAGACGUGCUGCUGCCGUUCCUGCAGGCGAACCUCACGGGCUUCAAGAAACUGGAAAUUCUCAACUUCAGGAAGGGCAGCGUUGUCGUCAACAGCAAGAUGAAGUUCGCCAAGUCUGUGCCGUACAACAUCACCGAGGCCGUCCACUGCGUCCUGGAGGAGUUCUGCUCCUCCGCCUCCAAGAACCUGCACAUCCACAUCGACACCCGCUCUCUGGAUGUUGAACCAGCUGACCAGGCCGAUGCCUGCAAGUUCCUGGCCUGCGAUGAGUUUUCCCGCUGCGUGGUGAACGGCAAGACGAAGGAGGCGCAGUGUCUGUGUGAUCCGGGCUACCUGUCGGUGGACGGCCUGCCCUGUCAGAGUCUUUGUGUCCUCCAGCCCGACUACUGCCAAGGAGGAGAGUGCCACAUAGUUCCUGGACACGGAGCCCUGUGCAGAUACAAAGACAGUUAUUCCCUCCCGGGGCUGGCCAGUUAAGAAAAUAUCAGAUUGGACGUCACCUGAGAAUACUACACAAGACUCGAUGAAACAGGACGCCGCCGCAGGAACUCGGGACUCGUCAAGGCCUCACAGUUAAAAAUCCAAAACGCUGCUGAGCUGAAGAGGCUUCAGGACAAACUCCUCAGAGCUCUGAGCUUCGUAUCAAAGGACAAUCU